AUGGCUGCGAAGUUCCGUUCCGGCCUUAAGCUCGAGAUAAGGGUAGCUGUGGCUAGUCGCAGGGGAAUUCCUUAUUCUGAGGUACUGGGUUGCGCGCUAGACGUGGAAGAAGCGCUGCCCAAGAAUGAGAGGAUAACAAAUCCUGCACCAUCUGAACUCCCAUCAAACUUUAGAGACAAGAGGAAGUGGAAGGGGAACCGAGCUCCUUUUGAGAACAAGAGGCGUUUUCCCACUUUUCGGCAACCGCAGAAUCAUGGGUGCCAAAUUGUGCCACAGCAGAGGGGAAACCCGCAGAGGACACCCUAUUGUAGUCGGUGCUCCAAGCAUCAUGUUGGGGAGUGCCGAGUUGGAGGCAUUCGGUGUUAUGUCUGCGGCGGGAAUGGGCACAUGUCUCGAGAGUGCCUAAAUAACAACAAAGGUGGAGUGAAGAAUGGGCAAGGACAGAGGCCACCCCAACAGCCACAACCAAUCCGACAAGUGGCCCCACAGCAAGCGAGGGCAUAUGCGCUAAGGGGAUAUCAAGGCAGGAACCCCAAGCCAUCAAGGGCAAGGAGAAUUUGGCAGAACUCCCUACUGCUAAGCUUGAAUCGAAUUUGA